CUAUGCAAUUUACUUCUUAAUUCAGGACAAAGCUUUGUAGAGCGGACAUGUUAUAAACGAAGAUAGAUUGCUGUGCAUUAUACGUGAAAAUGGAAGGGGAAAGUGAAGAACUAGCAUUCUUGAAUAACACCAAAGCGGAUAAAUGCUGUAAAGGAAGCAAGGACCAAACAACGCUUCUUCAACGGGACUCCAAAGCAUCGUCGUCGGCGUCGACAUCGGAUACGGGUUCCCAAGAAGCUGAUGUAAAGAUAGAAGUUGGAAACAUUGAGAGGGGGCUAUGGGCGAACAAACUGGAGUUCUUUCUCGCUAUUUGUGGUUACACUGUCGGAAUAGGAAGUGUUUGGAGGUUCCCGAUAAUAUGCAGUCGCAAUGGUGGCGGGGCUUUCCUGAUCCCAUUUUUCUUCUUCCUGAUCACAGCCGGUGGACCCCUUUACUACCUCGAAGUUUGCUUGGGACAAUUCACAGGAAAGAGUGCAGGACUAGCAUUCGAAUGCUGUCCAUUGCUUAAAGGGAUAGGCGUAUUGCAAGUAAUGCUCUCCUUGACAGUUUUAUGGUACGUCAUUAUGGUUCUAGCUUGGGUCUGCUACUUUCUCUACAGCUCUUUCUUCCCCGUGUUACCAUGGACAACGUGCAAUAACCAGUGGAACACUCCUCACUGCACACCUUUAUCGGAUAUGUGGGUCGAUGACAUAGCGAAUGUACAUGUAAACGGAAGUGACAUCACAUCCAACAUGACGUCAAUUGCAGUAUCUUCAACCAUGAACAGCUCGUCGGCUUUUGAAUUCUGGGAAUUCAAUGCCAUUGGUCGGUCUUCUGGAUUUGAAGAGAUGGGAAGCAUGCAGCCUCAUUUGGUCAUUUGUCUGCUGAUAGCCUGGGUUUUCACUGUUCUUGCUGUGAUCAAGGGUGUCAAAACGCUUGGAAAGGUCGUGUAUAUAACAGCAACCGCCCCAUACCUCUUCCUGACGAUCAUCUUUAUCAAAGGGUUAACGAUGGAAGGGGCCGCGGACGGGAUUAAAACUUACGUCACUCCGGAUUUUUCAAAACUUCUGACGUUUAAGGUUUGGCUUGAGGCUGCCCUACAGGUCUUCUAUUCGUUAGGACCAUCAUGGGGAGGUGUCAUAACCAUGGCUAGCUAUAACCGCUUCCAUCAAAAAUCGUUUUGGUCAUCGACACUUUGUGUAAUAGCAGCUGGAUUUACGUCUUUUUAUAAUGGUCUAGUUGUUUUCACCAUGCUUGGGGUUAUGGCUAAGCAGUCCGGAAUGACAGUUCAGAAGACUGCAUCGCAAUCAGGUCCUGGUAUAGCCUUUGUUGCCUUCCCGACCAUCCUCAGCACGAUGCCAUUGCCCCAGUUGUGGUCUGUUCUAUUCUUCCUCAUGCUGGUCACAGUCGUGUUUGACAGCCUGUUUGGCAUGUUCGAAACGAUAACCAGUUUCCUUAUUGACACCUUCCCACGGCAACUGGUCAAACGACGAGUUCUAGUAAACAUAGUGACUGGCUUAUUGUACUUCCUGUCUGGAUUGCCAUUGACCAUGAACGGUGGAAUUUACGCAUUCCAUCUUGCUGACUGGUAUUUUGCGGCGUUUGCAUUGUUUGUGGGAUCAAUUCUUGAAAUCGUAGCUGUUUGUUGGGUAUAUGGUACGGACCGGUUUGCCAACGAUAUAAUGUUGAUGACAGGUCGAGAGGUCUCUGUUGCGCUUCGUGUGAUGUGGACAAUCGUUAUACCGUUCUUUGUAAUUGUUGCGUUCAUAAUUUUGCUUGUCCAGUAUUCUACUCCGACAUACGGUGGCUGGUAUGUGUACAGUUCGGGUUCUGUAACUGCGUUCAUGUUUGUUGCGAUGGUACCUAUUAUUGCAAUGGUUUUUUCCUGUAUCCAUACACUCUGGAACCUAGAAGGCACCAUCUUCGAGCGAUUACGGAAAAGUCUCCAACCGAGUGAGUAUUGGGGCCCGAAUGACGUCAGAGAGAGCGAGAUGUAUCACAAAGCCUACACACUCCCCUCCUCACUGAGAAGUGCGACGUGGCUAAAUAUCAGGGGAAAUAAACAAAACUUAUAACAUUGAAUCUUCAAUAGAUGUUUUCCAUGUAUGUUAAUUGUGUGAAAUGUUUUUUUUACUAUGUGUUUUACAAUACGGAGGCUUUUAAAGCCAAAAAUAUCUUCUUAUUUUUAGCUUCAAAUAUUAUUCAAAUGUCAUAUCAUAUCAUACUUUUCAGUACUUUCAUAAUUGUCCUUUUUAAAUAAAGGUCUGGCGUAAAGGGCAUAUUGUCCUGUAUAUUACACGUUUAAGUGUUAUUAGAUCAAUUGUAAUUAUGUAGAAACCAAUUUAAUCACAUUGGUAUCAUUAUCAUUAUAUGUUAAUUAGAAAAAAAACAAACGUUAUUUAUCAAUAGUUCAAACAUAUAACGUAUGUUCUAUAAUCUGUUCCAUAUUAAUGUCAUGUGUUUAUGCAAAAAUCAUAUAUCUCAUUUCAACACUUACGUUGGUUACAAUCCGCGAUAUUUUAUAUAUGUUAAAUGCACUUUAAGCUGAAAUAUUGUAAACUUUUUUAAAUGGUAACCUCUAGGCCCAUAAGGACGUUAGUUAUCUGUCCGCUUAUUUGUAUUUUUUAUCUUUGUAUACACAUUUUACAAUAAAAAAACAAUUACUUGUUUACUUAUAUUCUCAUUUAUGAAUAUUUACGAUAGGAAAUUGACGCCUGUAUCAAGCCUGUACAUGUACAUGUAUAAGUAUUCUUGGCCGGUACUACAGAAGCAUUUUAGUUUUUUUUAUGUAUUUUAACAUAAAAGUAAAAUUAGGAAUUGUUA